AUGGCCGAUACCGGCGACGACACCGGCCAUGUCUCUGAGCCCCUCGACCUCGUCCGGCUCCUGCUGAAUGAGGUGGUCUUUGUGAAGCUCAGAGGUGACCGUGAGCUCAAGGGCAAGCUCCAUGCCUACGACAGCCAUUGCAACUUGGUCCUCGGCGAGGUUGAGGAAACAAUCUAUGCUGUCGACGAAGACGAGGAGACAAUCAACCGUAAAUCAGAAAUGCUUUUUGUCAGAGGUAUGUCGUGGUGCUGUGGCCGCCGACGCUGGUGCUAA